GUACUUUCGGAUUUGCUAUUGUGAGACACAAGUCGUCGUACAUUAGUUGCACAAUACGUCCACCACAUAAAUCUGGAUUGCCAUUUCAUCUCAAACAAAAAAAAAGACUGUUGUUUGCGUCAAAGCCAGCGAAAG